AUAAAUAGGCUAUUAUUUAUUUUUGAUUGUGAAAAUAAUUGUAUAUUCGCAGCUUGCCCGUGUCGGAUUUCAUUAAUGUCAUACACUUGCCAGACUAAUUACAGAUGCUUGUUUUCAACGCUCUCGACCCCAGAGACUCGUGUUUGCCAAACUAUCUUUAUCCACGAGACGACGGCUUCUCUCGGGAAAGCGCACAGGAGAUUUCCGCUGGUUUUCAUCGUUUCCAUCUGACAAAAUGACUUGCAGACAGACCGAACCGAGUGCGAGGAAAGUGGAUCAGCACAUGUUUACCGCUCAGAGGACACGGUUUGCCGAUCACAUCUUUUAAUGAGGACACCGGAGCAAUGACAGAGUCUGAAUCCGAGUCAUGGAGUGUGUAACCGUGUUUCCAGAGCUCAGUCAGCCGAGGGCUGUUUGGCAGAGAUGGGCUCAGUGACCUCAGCUUUCACAAGGUCUCGCAACACGUUGGUCAAAGUGGGUUUGGAGCCGCAGAAAGAGCCGGACGGGAAAACGCGGAGGGGGUCCGGUGUGAUCGUAAAACAAACUAGCAAACAACCGCUGGAGCGGAAAACUACCGGCGCCUCCAGAGCAAACACGCCACAAGCUCCUGCUACUGCUACAGUGGCUAAUGAGGAUGUGGAGACAAACAGCAGGCCGCUGGCGAGGUUUGCACGCUCAAAGUCUCAGAGUGCACUAUGGAACACACUCACUGCUGGGACGUGCAAGAAGGACAAGGUCAAAGUUCAGAGGGACGUUCCAGACGAUCCACGCAGAAUAGAAGAGAUCCUGGCGGAUGAGCUUCCCUCUACAGACGUCCCAGAAGCAACAGAGAAAACUGCUGUCAGAUUACGAUGCUUGGUGAAACAGUUGGAGAGAGGAGAGGCGUCUCUCGUGGACCUGAAGAAAAACCUGGAAUAUGCUGCCACUGUUUUGGAAUCGGUCUAUAUCGAGGAAACAAGGCGAUUGGUGGAUACCGAGGAUGAGCUCAGUGAUAUCCAAUCAGAUUCUGUGCCGUCAGAGGUCCGUGAUUGGCUGGCCUCCACCUUCACGCGGCAGAUGGGCCUGAUGCUUCGACGGACCGAAGAGAAGCCACGAUUUCGCAGCAUCGUACACGCAGUGCAGGCUGGGAUAUUCGUGGAGAGAAUGUACCGGAGAACCUCUAACAUGAUGGGACUGAGUUACCCUCCAUCUGUCAUAGCUGUGCUUAAGAAUGUGGAUAAGUGGUCUUUUGAUGUAUUUGCUCUGAACGAGUCGAGCGGUGACCACGCUCUCAAAUUCAUCUUUUAUGAGCUCCUCACCCGAUACGACCUCAUCAGCCGCUUCAAGAUCCCCGUCUCAGCGCUGGUCUCAUUUGUGGAGGCUCUGGAGGUGGGAUACAACAAACAUAAAAACCCCUACCACAACCUGAUCCACGCAGCCGACGUCACUCAGACCGUGCACUACCUGCUCCUCAAGACGGGGAUGGUGCACUGGCUGACAGAGUUGGAGAUUUUUGCAAUGCUUUUUGCUGCUGCCAUCCAUGACUACGAACACACCGGGACCACAAACAACUUCCACAUCCAGACCAGGUCGGACACAGCUAUUCUAUACAACGACCGCUCUGUGCUGGAGAGCCAUCACGUCAGCGCGGCGUACCGACUGCUGCAGGACGACGACGAGAUGAACAUCCUGUACAACCUCUCCAAAGAUGACUGGAGAGAGCUGAGGGCGCUCGUGGUGGAGAUGGUUUUGGCCACUGACAUGUCCUGCCACUUCCAGCAGGUCAAAGCCAUGAAGAAUUUCCUCCAGCUGCCCGAGGGAAUUGACAAACCCAAGGCUCUGUCUCUGCUGUUACACACGGCUGACAUCAGUCAUCCAGCCAAGAACUGGGAUCUCCACCAUCGCUGGACUACGUCACUGCUGGAGGAGUUUUUCCGACAGGGCGAUAAGGAGGCAGAGCUUGGUCUACCUUUCUCACCUUUGUGCGACCGUAAAUCCACCAUGGUGGCUCAGUCCCAGAUCGGUUUCAUUGACUUCAUCGUUGUUCCUACGUUUACGGUUCUGACGGACAUGACCGAGAAGAUCGUCACACCGCUCAUCGAAGAGGCCACAAGUUCAGGCCUGGCUGGUUUGCGCAGUAUUAUUGCGGGAGAUGCGAAGCGGAGCAGUGUGAACAGCUCUGGUUCUGAUGGCAGUGGAUCUCAUAGCUGCUCGCUGCUCGCUGUGGACCUGAAGAACUUCAAGAGCAUCUGGAACGAGGAGGUUUCUCUGAACAGAGACCGAUGGAAGACACAGGCAGCUAAAGAGACGGAGGAGAAGGCCAAACGAGAGCAGGAGGAACAGCAGGAGGCAGCAGCAGAAAACCAGGAGCACAAAAAAGACCCAGAGAUGUCGGGACCAAAGAAAGACAAGGGGGGAGAGGACGACCCGGAGCCAGGGGGGGUAAAUGGACCCCCAGAAGAAAGUCCCAAUGAUGAAUCAAAUAAUGAAGAGGCACAUCAGAAAUUACAGAAUGGAGAAGUGUCUGAAGAGGCAGAAUCACCAGCAGAUGAAGACAAGAGAAGACUCGAUGAAAGUGCAAAUGCCUAGAGCGACUUCCAGUGGUGUCUGGAGACACAGAGCAGUGAACUUGCCAUCAGGAAAGAGCUCAGUUCUGAAGGUCCAUGGCGCCCUCUAUAGGACACGGUUAAUGCUUACAUCCCUUUUUGUUCGGCCUCUAUCCCUUCCAAAUCUCCAGACUUUCUUAAGAUUGAUCUAUCUGAAUGAGGAAGGACAAAACAGACGACAGACGACAGCUGCUUUUGUCUGGUCUGUUUUAUUUACAGAACCAGAUUUCCUUCCCAAACCUUUAAAGUCCAAUGGUUGCAUCCACUUAGAAAAGCAUGCAGCAGCUUAACGCAAGGAUUCUUAUUAAAACCUCCAUUUCAAAUACAUUCUAGUUUCUCCGCAUUUGAGCAGCCUUGCAGACGGACUGCUUGAUGUGUGUGUGUGUAAAUCUGAAACUGUGAUUUAUAUCUAAAUGUACAUGCACAUAUAAACUGUAAAUAACUAAUCUUAGCAGCAGUUGCACCUGUGAACAAUAUUCGGCUUUUGACAACAGCGAUGUUGUGUUCAGCUGUUUUAAAUGCGCUCUUCCUGACAUUGACUGAUGCAUUUCAGCAAACAUGCUCUGAUGUAAUAUCUGCCUCCGACACAUGUUUGUUCACCUCAUCUGCUAAUAGAGGUUACGUAUAUCAAACCUUGAAUAUGUAUAUGUAUUACUAUUGUAAAUUACUGUCUGCAUUUAGUUCAGAGCUUUUAUAACUUAUGAAGCCGUACAAAGUUGGCAGUAUUUCCUUUUUCUUGUGUGCGGCUGUGGAGUAGAAAAUGCCUGAUUCAACCUAAGAUUUUUUCUUCUCUCGCUUACCUUCGGAUGCCUUUCUUCAUGUAGUCUUUUUGAAAAAGGAAUGUCUUCUACAGAAACACACAAACUAGCAGUCACCGUAGAAGAUGUAAGUCUUAUAACUGCCCAUAUAGUAGUGUGUAAGUCAUAGCCAUAUCACUGUGCUCGCUCCGCAAUACCUGGAUAUUACGCCGUAUGUCAUUUGUACUGGUUUCCUGGAGGUUUGUGACAAGCUUUUCUCUGUCCUUUGAGCAGGUCAUCUCAAGAAACCUGAAGAGAACAUGUCCAGGUCAUGUAUCACCCUGAAAUCAAACAUAAUCAGAUAGGAAAUUACAUUUUUGCAUGACGAAAGGAACCCAGUUUUUAGGACUAUAAAGAAUGUGGAAUACAAUGAUUGCAUUAGAUAAAUGAGCAUAAAUUGAAGGCCAUAAAAAAACACACACACUGUUCAAAGGUUCUGGGUCAGUACAUUUUUUUUUUAAUAUAAUAUAAGUUUCUUGCUGCAUUUGUGUGAUGAACAAUGCAGUAAAAACAGUAAUAUUGUGAAUUUUUUUAGUUUUCUAUUUUAGUGGUUUUUUUUUUAUUAAUUUAUUCCUGUGAUGUGCAGCUGAAAUUUCAGCAUCAUUACUUCAGUCUGCAGUGUCACAUGAUCCCUCAGAAAUCAGUCUAAAAUCAUAUUUAAUUGAAAUAACAAUCUUUGUAACAUUAAUGUAUUUACUGUCACAUGAUCAAUUUAAUGCAUUUAUUAUAUAAUUUUUUUUUUAUUUUUUUUUUAUUUUUUUUGCCAAUUGGAAAAUGUGGUUUAUUGUCAUAAAAUAUGCUUCAUAACCCAAAAUAUAGCUUCUGAUUUAUUUUGAUGUCAGGGUUAAAUGUGACCUGUAUAUAUGUUCUUGACAGCUUUCCCGAGGUUCAAUCAAUUUUAUAUUCAGCAUUCAGGAACUAGUCUGUUAACUGAAACAUUUAACUCGGUUCUUUUUGUUUCUUCUGUGGUUUCUCUGAAUGAGUGAGUCUGAGAUGGGUUGUGUGACUGGAUAAACGUAUGCAUUCACAGCGAUGAUGUGUUUCGUUUUCUGAGUAAAGUUGAGCUUCUGCAUUGUAUUUUAUUUGUACAAAAUCUGUAAAAUUCUGUGUUGCAUUUAUACAUAUUAUUUACCAGAGUUAUUAAUGUAUAAAAAAUAUUUAUUCCCCCUUUCAAAAUUAAUAGCAUUGUUUACCCUGACAAAAUGCGAGUAAGUAAUAGAUAUGCAUAUCUUCUGAAAUGAAGCAAACUGUAAUUUGAUUAUAUGGGUCACAUGAUUUAGUUUGCCUUCUCGUGGUUUACAGUAAAGCUUCCUGUAGAUUCAGACCAUUGCCAGAGAUCAUGAAUGUGACAGCAUGUGCUGAGAUGAUGCUACAGCAUGUGUGUGUGUGAGUGUGUGUGUGUGUGUGUGAGCUGAUCAUGUUCAGUUUGUUCAAGUUGACACUGUGAUCUUUAGUGUCUAGCCGUCCCCAUGAUGUCUGUUUUUGUGCAGGACGCAGAGAAAGAGAAAAUGCUCUGUGUCUGCUCACGCAUGAUUCACAAUAAACAUCAACUUAAAGGGCUCAGAACAAA